AUGCCGACUGUCUGCACGCGCCGCUCUUGGAGGCGCUCCCACUGGCGCGUGCGGCCGCGCUCAAGCCACCAUGGCUUCGCCGAGGCACCAGGGCCGACCGGAAAAGCAACCCACAACGGCACAGCAAGCCGAGCCGUGCCAGCUAGAAAAGGCCCAGAGGCAGCGAGCGUGCCCAGGAUGCUCCAGUUUCAGCGCGACCGGGACGCGGCGGGCGGCGGCGUUGUGCUGCGCAGCGUUGCCGACGCCGCGCUGAACGAUGCGGCGGCGACGCCCGGCCUGCGGCGAGCAGACGCAAAGGCACAUGUCCUGCGUUCCAUCGACCGGCUGCUUUCGGACGAGGCGCGGACUGCGGCCCUCGAGUCGGCGGCCGAUGCUGCCACCGCGGGUGGGCGCUGCAGCGCUCUCGUGCUCGGCGCCGGCUCGCUCCUGCCGGCGCUGCUGCUCGCUCGGCGCGGCGCGGCCGUCUGCGUCGUCGAGGCGAGCCCUCUCCUCGCCGACGUCGUGCGCGCGGCGGCAGUGGAGAACGGCGUCCGCCUCGCCGUCCUCUCCUCCCUCGCCUCGGCCUCCGCCGCCUACCGCCAGCCCGGCGUCUCGCCGCCAACUCUGCUCGUGUCGGAGGCGGUGGACGACGGCCUUCUCGCCGACGGAGUGCUGCCGUCGCUGAGGGCCGCUCGCGCCCUCCUCGCCAGCAGUCGCGGCGGCGGCGGCGACGCAGUGGCGGUGCUGCCUCGCGCCGCGAGCGUCGAGGCGUCGCUGCUGCAGCUCGGCUUCAGCGGCGUGCCUGGCUUCGGGCUCGACGGCGUCGACAUAGACCUGCGCCACUUCGACGCGUUGCGGCCGCGGGGAGUACGGGCGCGGCUGCCGCCCGGCUACUGGCCCGUGAGGCUCAGCGAGUGGAAGCAGCCGCACCGUCGGCUGAGCGACUCUCUCCCUGUCUGCCGGGUGGUCGAGGACGGGCUCCUCAACGCCGUCUGCUACUGGUUCACUCUGGACCUCGGCGGCGGCGGCCAAGUCUCGUCUGCGCCGCCGAAGAGGCGAGACCGGCCGGGCUCGUGGCGUGCCGGCUGGAGGCAGGCGGCGGUCUACCUCGAGGAGCCGCUGCACGUGGUGCGGGGCGAGAGCGUGCGGCUUGCUUGGCGCGUGAGCGACGAGGGCAUCCGCUUCUCGGCUGCGGGCGUGCGCUCGCAGUUUUAUCACGUGCGAAUAAAAAACGCCACACGAUUUUCACUGCAAGAGGCCAACGAGUUUCAGGAGUUCUCCUUCUUCACCCCGGACGUCGGCUCGGACGCGUACGCCAACUUUGGCGACACCAAGAUGAGCAUCACCGUCGGGUCGAGCGGCGUCGACUACUCGGACCCGACGAAGCCGGUCUUCAAGGGCGCGGUUGGCUUCGGCGGCCGCGGCCUCUCCAUCUGGAAAGCGUCCGACGUGUCGGCGUGGGGCAAGCACGGCGUGCUCUUUUUUCGAGCGGCGCCCAGCGGCACUGCGCUCGGUCCCGAGUGCUGCCAAACAGGGCGGCACGCCCGCGUGUGUGUCCUCAUGGCGGCAUCCCUCAGAGAGCCGCCAUGA